CGCCCAGCAGCAGCGAGGGUGGCAGCACGUCCAGUCGUCACCGGGCCAGUGUGACUAAGUCAUUCCAGUCAGACAGUCAUCCUUGAGGUCGGCUUUCAACGUCAUCAAAAGUAGUAAGGAAGCCCUCCGAAUCUCACUCAACAUGCUCACUACAACCAAAUCAUUGUGAAAUAUACUGCAAAAAUAUUUUCAAGUUACUUUACAAGCAACGACUUCUUAUAUUUUAAAUCAUAUUUUUACCUGAACUGGUUUUUUAAUCGUUGCGUAAUAUUCAUAUUAGCAUAAAACAUUUAAAGAUUGAUAGAAACACUCUGAGUCUUAAUCAUAUUACUAGCUUCUACAACAUCACACGGAGCGCUUUCUCAAGACUAUAUAACUCAGGCUUGCUCAGCCUACACCAUAUACUAAAGAUAAACGCACUUAAUAACUUAAAGGCGUGGAAAAAAACCUGACCAUUUUACUUUCAAUACUAAAAUUUCAACACUAAAUCAAAGUAUAGCUGCUGAAAGGAAAAAUAUCAACGAAAACAGUUAAAAAAAUAAUAAAAUAAAUAAAUUAAAAAUAAGAGAUAAAUAAAAAGUUCGAAUACACUCGACUUACUCGUUCAGCGAAGAACCGCAUCCAAAAUGAAGAUCAACUUGUACCCGUUCUUGAAGUACAUGGAAGGCGUGAGCGUCCUGAGGAUGUUCUUCAUGGCCAUAAUAUUCCCAACAGGAAUGGUAUUCUUCACCAUCAUCACCAACCAGCACAGAGGCACAGAGUACCGAGUAACUCAUGAAGUUUACUUCGACAUCGAAAUUGGGGGAGAAGCAAAAGGCCAGAUCGUGAUCGGACUCUUCGGGGAGACGGUGCCAGAAACUGUACAGAAUUUUUACACUCUCGCCACUUCCGGAGUGAACGGUUACUCUUACACCGGCACCACUUUCCACCGUGUUAUUAAGAAAUUCAUGAUUCAAGGCGGGGAUGUGUUGCAAGCGGGAGGAAUGGGUCGACUGAGCAUCUAUGGGGAGACGUUCCCGGACGAAAACUUUGAUGUGAAGCACGCGACUCUCGGCUUCGUAGCCAUGGCGAACUCAGGCCCUAAUACUAAUGGCUGUCAGUUCUACAUCACCACGGCUCCGACACCCUGGCUGGACGGGAAACAUGUCGUCUUUGGAAAGGUGAUCGAGGGCCAGGGCAACGUUCAUCUGAUCGAGCACUUGCCGACCGACGAGAACAACAAGCCACUCACCGAGGUACGCAUCGCCAAGUCUGGCUCCCGCCGCGUCAGGAACACCUACACCAUCUCCGACGAUCCCUACAACAUGUGGGACUGGCUGAAGACGAUCAGCUUCCCUCUGUCGCUCUCCUUCUCAAUCAUUUUCGUCUUCAACUACUUCAUCCGCCAACUAGACAAAGGCAUUGAAACUGAAGAAGCUUUGUCGCUUCUUAAACGCAAGCUCACUAAAGGGAAAGGCCCCCAGAAACCCAGCGACGAUGAAGAAAUUCAACGACUUCUCGGUGACGAUGCAGGCGCCCAUGUCCGUAAACGUAACGUUGACAAGAAGGGAGACACUGAAGAAGCAACUGAGUUCGAGACUGACGAAGAAUUACUGCAAGAUGAGCUUGAGAAGAAAGUUAACGAGUACAAAAAGAAGAAAGCUUCGUUAGGAGGUAAUGAAAGGGGCGUCAUACCUGAAGAAACAUUAGAGAGCAUCUGUAAGGCUAAAACGAAAGCUCAGUAGUUCCUAGGAUGUUUUUGGACGCUCGUUCCAUUAUUCGAACGAGACAAUAAACUUGUUCAGAUC